GGGGCUGUGCGUGCGCGCGUGGCGAGGGCGGAACCCCGCGGCUGGGUCGUGUCCCCCUCCCCCGCACACACACACACCCCAAGUCCUCACCACCGCCCCUCCCCGGGGCGCCCCGUCGUGCGGGUCCCCCUGGCACACACACACACGCGCGCGCGGGGGAAGAGAGCGAGCGAGCCAGCCAGCGAGCGUGGCCAUGACGUGGAGCGCAUCGUCGCGGGGCGCGCGGCAGCCCGACAACACGGCGUUCACGCAGCAGCGGCUCCCGGCCUGGCAGCCCCUGCUGUCGGCCGGCAUCACGCUGCCCCUGUUCUUCUGCGCGGGCCUGGCUUUCAUCGGCCUGGGCCUGGCUCUCUUCUACUCGUCCAACGGCAUCCAGGAGCUCGAGUACGACUACACCGGGGACGCGGGCGCCGGAAGCUGCGCGCGCUGCGCCGCCCAGGGCCAGGGCCGCGCGCCGCCGCCGCGCUGCUCGUGCGCCUGGGACUUCUCGCUGCCCGAGCUCUUCCCGGGCCCCGUGUACCUCUACUACGAGCUGACCAACUUCUACCAGAACAACCGGCGCUACGGCGUGUCCCGGGACGACGAGCAGCUCAGCGGGCUGCCCGGCGCGCUGCGCCACCCGGCCAACGAGUGCGCCCCCUACCAGCGCAGCGCCGCCGGCCUGCCCAUCGCGCCCUGCGGCGCCAUCGCCAACAGCCUCUUCAACGACACCUUCACGCUGUGGCACCGGCGUCGCGCCGGCGGCCCUUACGUCCAGGUGCCCCUCGACCGCUCGGCCAUCGCCUGGUGGACCGACUACCACGUCAAAUUCCGCAACCCGCCGCUCGUCAACGGCAGCCUGGCUCUGGCCUUCCGCGGCACGGCGCCGCCCCCGAACUGGCGCCGGCCCGUCUACGAGCUCAGCGCCGACCCCAACAACACGGGCUUCGUCAACCAGGACUUCGUGGUGUGGAUGCGCACGGCCGCGCUGCCCACGUUCCGCAAGCUGUACGCGCGCGUCCGCCAGGGUAACUACACGGCCGGCCUGCCCCGCGGCUCCUACCGGGUCAACAUCACCUACAACUACCCGGUGCGAGCCUUCGGGGGACGCAAGCUCAUCAUCUUCAGCAACAUCUCCUGGAUGGGAGGCAAGAACCCUUUCCUGGGCAUCGCCUACCUGGUCGUGGGCUCCCUCUGCAUCCUCACGGGCUUUGCCAUGCUGGUCGUCUACAUUCGGUACCAGGACCAGAGCGGAGAGGACGACGAUGAAGAUGACUGAUGAUGCUGCAUUUCAGAGAUUCCUCUCUCGUAAACCCCCAACACACACACACACACACACACACACACACACACACACACACACACAAGUUGCUUUGCCUGCUUUGGGGACUUUCCUCGUGGACCUUCACUCCAUGUCAGGGUCACCUUUGCGUUGCUCCCCCACCCCCCACCCACCCCGUUGGGGACAAGGGACUGGCAGAGAAAGGAAUUAAUGUCGCCCACUUGCUCUUGGAAGGGCAGGGCUGGCCUGCUGAAGUGUUUGCGCCGCAAAAUGGGCACACCUUGCACAUUCUAUUUUCAUGCUUUUCCAAGUUGACGUGUUAGGUCCUUAAAAUGUGUAGCAUUUCCGGGCAGAAAAAAAGAAAAAAGACAGGAGAAAUGCCUAGUCAGCCCCUAUCAGCUGAAGGGACUGGGAAAAUUAAAUACAAGAGCACUCAGCCAACAGGGCCUUGACUUCUGCUGGACCAAGGUUUUCCUGUUUGGGGGGAGGAGGAGAGGAAGGUGGUCUUGAGAUGGGGAGCAAGGUCCACAGACAGCCUGAAGGCGCCAGGAGGGGUGGCGACUUUCUGCAAAAGCAAUUACGUUAGGUGGCAUCAACCUCACAAGGCCUUACUCAGUGAUGGGUCUCUAAACAAUGUGGUUUUAAUGUGCAUUUCUGGAGAUGCCUCUAUUCCUUCGAAUUUGGGAGCCGCUCUCCCAAGCCAGCUGGGGCCUGAAGCGGUCAAUCACCUGACUUUAGUUUUUCAGGCAGCAAUUUGUGCUAAGGGGCAACGACAGUCACAGUGCUUAGGUUUAAUCUAGCUAUGUGCCUUAAACGGGAAGCUCAGCGUUUGUAGAAUGAAUGAGAAAUUUCUCUGGAGAACUAGUUUAAGGACAGAUUUGUAGGACAGAACUGGGCAACUCAUGUCAUGGAGCUCCAAAACAAUGUUACCAGUUACUAUGUAAAAACUUGAAAAUUCCAGGCCAGUUUGUACGGUUCUGAGGGAAAUGUUUUAACCGCAGAAUAGGAUAGCUUCAAGAGGUCUUAGAAGCUCCCCUGACUCCUUGCUCGGCCAUUUUUAGUGCCUCUGUAUGUGUGUGUUUUUAAGGGAAAGGGAUUCCUCUCUACCUUUUCUCAAAGAACUAUUGAAGGGGAAGGUUUUAAUUUAUUCUCAAAUGAAACAUGUUUCUAGUAAUCAUGUUUGAAAAAUACUAAGAAAUAUUCAACUUUGUAAGUAAAGUAGAAUCUUGGGACUAUUUAAACCUUUAAGAUAAUGUUAAAAGCAUUCAGUUGAUUUUAUUUGAUUGCCUACAAUCAAUAUAAAAUUAUUCUAACCACAAUAAGGUUCUUUAUGUUUAAAAAUCUCCAUUUAUGGGAAAUAACUUAAAAGAAUUUAAAAAUAAAACUUUUUGUUAUACCACCCUUCAUCCACUUGCUGAAAGCAGUUAUUUGGUGUUUGUCAAAGUUCUCCGGGGCCUGUUCUCUAUUACAGCUAGUUUCCAGUUUACUGUGGAGUCUCAUUCCUUGAAGGCGGCACAAGUCUUAGAGUAUGCUGUAUUUUCCUGGUAGUGAAAUACUGAAUUGUAUUGGAUAGCUUACAUUGAUUUCAUUAUACUCUUAUGGUUCUUUAAUGAUUAUUGUGAGUGGACAGCAUGCAUGCCAUUGUUCACUGUCUGUCUCAUCUGUGACUAAUGAUUUCAGGAAGUCAGUUUCAUUUUUACAUACGUCAAGAAAUACUUCAGUAAUUAUAAUGGGCUUUCUGACUCAAAUAUGGCAGAAUUUUACUGUCAAAUUACAUAUUGUGAUUUUAGAUUAUGGAAACACGAUCAUAACUGCACUUUGAGUAAAUUAAUAUGAAUGUUUGAUUGAACAACCGACUAGCUAAGCCCUCCUCUCUAUGUUGGGUAAGCGUUCACUCUGUUUUAUGAUGUAGUUAAAAGCAACUAUGUAUUUUGCUAUCAUUUUUCAUAAAAUUUUUAAUGAGACCAUGAAACUUAAGGUAGUGAUUAAUGUAUACUUCCAGGCCCUGUUUUCUGGGUUUCUGAAAGAGAAUAAAGGUUAUGUUUGUUUUA